GCGGUAUUGCAACCGGCUCCCGCGUCCUGUUUUUCCAGCUUGCGUCCGGCCCCCGCCCUGGUCAGGGGGUGCUGGGCGGGGUGGCCGGAGCUCCGGGGAGCCACAGACCCAGCCCCGCGUGCCCAGAGAUGCUGCUGCCACCGGGACACCCGGCCCUGCUGCUCCUGGCGGGAAUCCUGCUUGGAGCAGCUGCCCAGGAUCCCCGGUACACGAUAACCCAGCCCAAGUCCCUGUCGGCGCCGGCCGGGGGCUCCGUCACCCUGCCCUGCGCCUUCACCUACCCCCGCGAGAUCGAGCCGCUGCGGGACCUCCGGGUUUACUGGAGACGGGGGGGAUUCUAUGGCGAGUUUAUCUACAAUCACACGGAGCGAUUCACCCACCCGGAUUACGGGGGCCGCAUCGUCCUGGUCGGGGACCCGCGGGGGAGCCGAACGGGCUCGAUCUGCAUCGACCGGCUGCGGGAGUCGGACGCCAGCGAGUACGUCUGCCACGUCAGGGUGCAGAAGAACGAUGGCGAAUGGGAGCAAUGGCGCGGUAACCCUGGGACCAGACUCACGGUGACAGCCUCGACGACGCACGUCCCCUCCACGGAGCAGGCAAUGAUCUCAGCCACGACGCAGCUGCCACCCGGGCCGGGGGCAGCCCCGGUGAUUGGGGGGGCGCUGGCGGGGGCCGUCCUGCUGGCCGGGAUCAUCGGGCUGGCCGUGUACGGAGCCCGGAAGAGAACAGGCGGUCGGCGGAAGGACCCCUUGGCCCGGAGGGCACGUGGCCAGUCGCAGGCCGAGGGCGGAGGCGAGUACAUGGAGAUCGGGGCGGGAGGGCAGGACGUCCCCCGGCCCCAGCGCCCCCCGGACCCUCAGGACCCCGGCUUGCUCUAUGCCGCCCUGGCUUUCGCCGAGCCUGGCACUGCCCCGAGGCAGCCAGAGCCCCGCGGGGCCCCCCCGGACGAGACCCUCUACUCAGCCGUCCGGGUCCGCUAGGGCGGGGGCAGCCUGGACCCCCAGGGGAGGGGCAGGGGGACUGGAGGGGAAGGGCAGGCCAUGGGGGGGGGAGCGGGCAGAGCUGGAUGAGGGUGAAUGGGGGGUGGUCCCCGAGUUGGAGCUGGGUUGGACAUGGGGGACUCAGAGCUCAUGGGGGACUGGGGGGGUCCUGCAUUGGGAGGUUUGGGGGGGCAGAGCCUGGGGGAGGUUUGGGGGUGUCUCCCUCCAGGUGUUUCCUCCACGCACCCCAGCCCGAUGUGGGGGGUGGGGCCCGAGGCCUGUGGGGCCCAGACCAGGCUGGAAGCCUGAGGGAUUGUCCCCCUCCCUCAGGGCCGUGUGUGUGUGUGUGUGUGUGUGUGUGUGUGUGUGUGUGUCUGUCUGGCCUGGCCUGCCCCUCACCCCAAUAAAGCCUGUCUGACCUCUG